GGGAGGAGGAGGAGGAGGAGGAGAGAGAGACGCUGCCUGUGCUUCCAUCUUCCUCUCCUGUUGCUAUUUCUUUGAUUCCUCCUUCUCGCUCCAUGCUCACUUUGGUUUGGCCACUCUCCUUGCAGGCUCCGUAGCAGCUUGAACCCCAUCUCUUGCGUGCUUCUGAUCCGCCCAACUCGCGAUACUCCCGCUUUUUUCUGAGAUUUGGAGUACUUUUGUUGUCUGAUCCUCAAUUUGCUAUGGAUAACCGUCAAUCACCUGAGGCAAUUAACACUCUUGGAGGAACAUUAAAUUCCUAGAGCGCUUGAGGUAUAAAUUGUGGAAUUGCACUUAACUUGCAACUUUUUCCUCAUCAUGAGUGCUGAUCCCUGUGGAUUACAAUAGAUAUAUGUCUUCAGCCCUGCCAAGAUCUGUCAAGCCAUUUGAAGUCUAAUGGGUUCCAGAUUCCCAUCGCACCAGCUCAGCAAUGGCCUCUAUGUUUCAGGCCGACCUGAGCAACCCAAGGAGAAGCCUCCAGUGAUUUGCUCCACAGCCAUGCCAUAUACAGGUGGAGAUAUUAAAAAAUCUGGGGAACUAGGGAAGAUGUUUGAUCUUCAUGUGGAAAAAUCCAGAAAAUCUGGGCCUCUUAGUAAUACCCCUUCAAGAAAUCGAUCAUUUGGAGGUGCUGCUUCCCACUCAGGGCCUAUCAUGCCUAAUGGCCCUGGGCAGUCUUCUUAUGCAGCCCCAGGUUCUGGUUCUUCAUUUGUCACUGGUGGUUCCGGUAGACAGAAAUCUAAUUCUGGCCCGCUUAGACAUGGGGAUUCAGUUAAAAAGUCAUCUGGGCCUCAAUCUGGAGGUGUCACCCCAAUGGCUCGCCAAAACUCUGGUCCUCUUCCACCGGUACUGCCAACUACAGGUCUCAUCACUUCGGGGCCAAUAUCUUCUGGGCCACUUAAUUCAUCUGGAGCCCCUCGGAAAGUAUCAGGUUCUCUGGAUUCUACUAAGUCAAUGAAGCCACAUAGCACCUCCAUUGUUCAUAACCAAGCUGUCACUAACCUCACUCAGGAGAAUGAUUAUUUGUUCAAGGGGACCUUGCCUAAGCCUAUCCUUUGGUCUGUCAUUUUGUUGUUUGUGAUGGGGUUUAUUGCAGGUGGCUUCAUUCUUGGUGCUGUUCAAAAUGCCAUUCUUCUUAUUGUUGUCGUAACCAUAUUUGGAGUUGUCAUUGUGCUUUCCUUUUGGAAUACUUGUUUUGGACGAAGAGCAAUUGUAGGAUUCAUUGCCCAGUAUCCUGAUGCUGAUCUGCGAAAUGCAAAGGACGGGCAGUAUGUCAAGGUCUCCGGGGUUGUUACGUGUGGAAACUUUCCACUUGAGUCAUCAUAUCAUAAGGUCCCCAGAUGUGUGUACACAUCCACUGGUCUAUAUGAAUACAGGGGCUGGAACUCAAGGGCUGCCAAUUCCCAGCGUCGAUGUUUUACCUGGGGAUUAAGAUCAAUGGAGAGGCACGUGGUAGACUUUUACAUAUCUGAUUUUCAAUCGGGAUUGAGAGCUCUGGUCAAAGCCGGUUAUGGUUCUAAGGUGACCCCAUAUGUUGAUGAGUCUAUUGUUAUCGACGUCAACCCAAACAACAUGGACUUGUCUCCUGAAUUUCUCAGGUGGUUGCAAGAGAGGAACCUUUCCAGUGAUGACCGCAUGAUGCGCCUGAAAGAAGGUUAUGUCAAAGAGGGCAGCACCGUGAGUGUAAUGGGGAUCGUCCAAAAGAAUGAGAAUGUUCUAAUGAUAGUUCCUCCUUCUGAGCCCUUCUCCACAGGAUGCCAGUGGGCGAAGUGCAUAGUUCCAUCAAGCCUCGACGGAAUAAUAUUGAGAUGUGAAGACACUUCAAAUGUUGACGUCAUACCGGUAUAAUGGACAUAACUGGUGUCAAAAUAUUAGAUGUUAUUUAUGCCAUCUCUGUUGUUAGCUUUGGCAGUAUAUGACAUUGUGAUCGAUCAUGGCCUAAUAUCUUUAGCUUGUAUAGCUUUGUCUUUACACCUUUUGUUUAAGUAAACCUAGAUAAAUUUUUAAGAUGGCUUAGUGGAUAAUUGUGUUGUUUGAAGGGAAAACUGAGCAACACCUACUGUAUCAUUCUGUUGUUAUUCAAGUAAAUUGGAUCGGUUCAUGUA